CCUCAUCCCACUUCUCCCUUCAUUUCCAUUGAGAAAAUAAGGGAAACCCCCCAGAAAAAAAAGCCUCAUCAAGAAAAAAAACCGCCUCUACCACCCCCGCCGGAGACGCAUUCGAUUACCAACAACACAUCAACCCAAAAAGAAAUUAUCAUGAGUAGUAUUAGCAACCAUACUCAUCAUCAAAUCCCAACACCAACAACACCUACUACCACAAAAGGUAACGGCAACGCCCAAGCUUGCGCUGCUUGCAAAUACCAACGCAGGAAGUGCGCUCCUGAUUGCAUUCUCGCCCCUUUUUUCCCUCACGAUCGCCAACGCCAGUUCCUCAACGCUCAUAAAUUGUUUGGCGUCAGCAACAUCACAAAAAUUAUCAAACACCUUAAUCUAUCCGACAAGGAAGAGGCCAUGCGCACCAUCAUCUUCCAGUCUGAUAUUCGAGCCAACGAUCCUGUUGGCGGGUGCUACAGAAUCAUUCGGGAGCUGCAGCGUCUCAUCGAGUAUAACAAGGCGGAGCUCGACAUUGUUCUUCACCAGCUAGCCAUAUGCAGAGCACAAGCACAGCAGCAGCAGCAGCAGCAGAACCAGAUUCAAAUCCCAGAAGUUGGAGAUCAGAAUUCAUGUGAUCAGUUGAUUAAUAUGGACCCUUUGAGUUUUUACAACAACCAAGUUGCCCAUUACCAUUAUGUUCAGCCUCAUCCUCAUGCAUUGCCUGCUGUGCAACAAGAACAGCAGCAACAAGAAGUGCCCUAUGUGCUUGUUCAAAAUAACAAUAUUAAUAGCCCUAAUAGUAAUAGCAAUAACAAUAAUAAUAACCCACAUCAGCAUUUGCAUGAAGAUAUGAACAUGUGGGCCAUGCAAGAUUCUAUGUCUUCAUUGGAUAUCAAGCAUGGUGGUGGUAUGAAUGCCAAUGAUUGUGAAGAUUUGAAGCCCUUUGUUGAGAUUCCUUGUGAUGAUGAUCAGAUAAAUGGGGAGGUCAGGUUCCAGCCUGAGGAUAUUGGUGAUCAUCAGCAGAGGUUUGUAGUACCAAACACAAAAUUACUUAUAUCAUCAUAAUGUUUCUUUUAUCUUUUUUAAAUGAAGGGAGAGUUGGGUCAGAUUCAAGGGUAAAGUUUUACCGCUUGAGUUAGAAGCCCCUACAUGAUUUUAAAUUAUAUGUAGCUAAUCUUCUUUAUGAUUCAUGAAUUGAGUCAAUAAAUGACCCUUUUUUUUUUAAUGUAUUCAAGACUGGGUUGUUUAAGAUAUUUCUUGUGUUACCAACUAGUUGUUGGUGUGAUGUUUUUCUUCUCGAUGUUAAAAAAAGUUCCGAGUUUGAAUCCCCUUUCUCUUAAUAAAAAACCAAUUUUCUUGCA